ACACGAUGACCGACUGAUUGCUCUACCCCAACAACUUUCUUGUCAAUGGUCUGAACACGAAGACUUGUCAUCUAUCGGGCGCCGUAUGGUGAUUGCCCUCACUGGCUGUUGUGGUGUCGUUCCCUCCCCGACAGUCUUCAGAAAACUUGUCAAUGUCAACAUCAUCGUCGAACAUCUUUGGUCGGACUAGGCUUCCGGACGAGGAGGCUUCUCGAUCAUCUGUUCUGGUCUUUACGUCCAAGUCUGCGCAUGCUACCUGCAAGCUGUCGAACGAACACAAUGGAUUUGCCCCUCUCAGCUCGUGUCUGUUUCCCAUGAUGGCUCACUUCAUGUUUGACGAAGCUGCUCUCCAUGACUGGUGUUGGUGGUUCGGGUCACAUACUCCACGGGCUCUCAAAGUCUUGACCAAUCAGGUGAAGCGCCUAUCUGUACCCAUGUCGAAGGUGUUGAUGCCGCCACCUUCACCUUCACCUUCACCUUCACCUUCACCAUGGAUUGCUUGCUUCUCUUUGACUUGGGAGUAUUCGUCAUUGCAAUCAACGAUGAGCGGGUGGAGCGCGCCAGAAAACACAUGGGGGUGUGUCAGUGCGUGUGACAGCCGCUGGAAGGAGCAUCAAAAGGUGGUCAGAGCUUCCCAUGUCUCUGGUUCCCUCUGCCAAGUCUUGCUCCUCCUCCUCCAAGCACCUGGAACCCCGCCUCCGACGCAGCAAUCAAGGUGGCUGUGCAAGCAAUCGACACUGAACAAUCAAUAUGCUCGAGUGACGAAUCCACUGAAGAGAAUGGAGGGGGGCGAAAAAGGGGUCCGUCACUUGUCGUCCAGUCUUCUAUGUAUCUCUGCGCCGUGUCGUUGGUGCAGGGACUGGGAACACCUUGAAAAUCAACAGUGGCCAAUGACGUCGCUCGCCGCCCAGAGGCCUCUCGGGCACGCACCAGCGCCAUCACCAAGCUAAAGCACGGCGCACCACCACCAACAGCUGCUUUAAGCGCCAUGCAAGCUGUUUCGACACACCCGCAAUCCAACCAUAUUCGCUCUCACUACACCCCCGGUCCUUGAAUAGACAGAGCCCGGUUCGUCGUCACAAAGUCUCAGAGCACCAUCCGAAGUGCCCCUCGUCUUUUGCCAUUCCUUGCCAUUCCUGGCCAGGUUUUCCUGCCGGCGAAUAGCUGUCGCGGUUCCCCUACACAGUCGUCACUUUGUCUGAUCGCUGGCUUCCA